UUGAUUCACCAGUACAGUUCUGUUCUGCUCCCAGUUUAUAGAUGAGGUACCGGUACUGGGUCAGGUCCAUGUUCUGCUCUACACUGUCCACACGCACUGGGACCAGUGAUGGACAAACUGGUUUAUUAUCCUGCGGACCAGAAGAGCUAGUGCUUGUUCAAAACCAACUACAAUAGAAUUGCUGUGAUGGCGAGCGAUCGCAUGGCAAUUCUGACCGAUGAUGAGGAGGAUCAGAAAAGGAGGUACGUCCUGGCGGAGCCAUUUAACACCCUGUCUCUGGGGCAGACCGAAAGCGGCCCGCCGCCCAGUCAAACGCCGACACAUCCGUCCACCGACGCACCGCCGCCGAGUCCGGCCUCGCCCGCUCCGGACUGCCUGCAGGGACUCUGCUCGAGAAUCGAUAAGCGCCUGCUGGUCUCCAAGAUCUUCUACUUCUCCUUCUACUCGGCGUUCGGCUCCUUGUACCCGCUCCUGGCCGUCUACUUCAAGCAGUUGGGCAUGGUGCCCAGCCAGGGCGGCCUCGUCCUGGGGAUCCGCUACUUCGUGGAGUUCUGCAGCGCACCGUUUUGGGGCGUGGUGGCCGACCGGUUCAAUAAGGGCAAGGUGGUGCUGCUGUUCUCCGUCUUCUGCUGGGUGGCGUUCACCUGCGGGAUCGGCUUCGUGAAGCCGGCGGACAUGACGUGUGUGGCGCAGGGUUCGGGGUCGGAUCCCCAAACGAACGCGAGUGCAAAUCACACCAGAUUUAGAAGGUUCUUAUCUGGUGAGAUGUUCGGCCCGUCUGUGGGUUCGUAUGAACGUCUCGGUCGCGGUGCUAGGUCUUUAAGUAGCGAUAACGGAAGUGAAAGCUUGGCAUCACUCACCACCAUGUUAGCGUCCGAAAAAAAUAUCGUAACCUACGAUAAAGACCAGGUACGUAUGAUUUUCCUGAUUAUCCUCCUGGUCAUCCUAUGUGGCGAGUUCUUCAGCGCUCCGACGAUGACCAUCGUGGACACGGUGACCCUGAAGUACCUCGGGAAUCAGCGCGACCGCUACGGACUCCAAAGGAUGUGGGGCUCCCUAGGCUGGGGUAUAACCAUGUUAUUAGUGGGCAUCUGGAUCGACCACACGCACAUCACCCCGAUAAUCAAGGGGUCAGGGUGCACCCCGCCGGACUUUAAGAACUACCAGAUCGCCUUUAUCGUUUUCGGCGUCCUCAUGACCGUGACUCUUAUCGUCGCCACGCAGUUCAGCUUCGAGCCCCGGCCCGCGCCCGAGCCCGAGCCCGGGGAGCAGGGCAAGGAGGUCGAGAUCCCUCACGUGGUUCAAAAUGUGUCCGAGUCCAGCACGGAGGAGGUCCCGGUGCGUCCCACCUCGGACAGCCGGCAGCCUUCUUCCUACAGUGACCUGAUCAAGCUGCUGUGCGGGAUUCGUUACGGCUCGGUGCUCUUCGUGGCCUGGGCCAUGGGAUUCGGGUACGGCUUCGUCUUCACCUUUCUCUACUGGCACCUGGAGGACCUGAAGGGGACCACCACGCUGUUCGGGGUGUGUUCGGUGCUCAGCCACAUCUCCGAGCUCGCCACCUACUUUGUCUGCCACAAGUUCAUCGAGCUGGUCGGACACGUCAGAGUGCUGUAUAUCGGGCUGGCCUGCAACACCGCUCGCUACCUCUACAUCUCCUACAUAGAGAACGCUUGGCUUGUUCUGCCCAUGGAGCUCCUUCAAGGUCUCACGCAUGCGUCCGUCUGGGCGGCGUGCAUCUCGUACGUGAGCGCGGCGGUUCCUCCGGCUCUGAAGACGUCGGCGCAGGGGAUCCUGCACGGACUUCAUCUGGGACUGGGCCGGGGCUGUGGCGCCAUGAUCGGAGGAGUCUUCGUCAACAUCUUCGGGGCGGCUGAAACCUUCAGGGGUUUAGGGAUGGCCUUCCUCGUCAUCUUGCUGGUCUUUGCCCUCAUCCAGAGUUUCAUCUGCCAGAAUGACUCUAAACGAGACACGACGCUGGCCGAGAACGUCACGGUGCCGUCUGGUCCGGUGCCCGUCGUCUCGGUACAGAGCCAGACACAAUCUGAGGUAAGGUCUGAGAGUGUAGCUCCUGCCAAGAAGACCAAACAUCAGGAAGAACAGGAGGAUGUGAGCAAACCGGCCUGGGUGGCGUCCACUUCCCCCUGGGUCUCCAUCACGCUCGCGCUCUGCCAGAUUAAAGAAAUGAUCAGUUCUGCUAGGAGCAACUUUUCUACAGGACCACAGACGAGCGCUCAGCAGGCAUCCGAAGCGCCACCCGCUGGAGACCUUCCAUCUCCGUCAACUGAAUCCUCCGGCGCACCAGGGGCAGCCGCACCACCCGAUCAUCCGGAUCGGACCGUUUCGCAUCAGACCGUCUCGCAUCGAACAGACUUAGCAGGUUCGACAGAAGAUCCAAUCCAAUCUACAGACUCCGCACCGGACCAACAACCCCAAGCUUCCCAAACGACUGACCGGUGACCUACGGAUCUGUACGUCUGCUGUGAGAACUGAAUGUAGAAUCUAAACACCGAGUACUGUAACGAAUGAAGACAUGAUAUUGGGUGUUAUGUAUAUAUAAAUAUGUAUAUAAAAUAAUGUUAUAGAUUGGUGGAGACUCCUUGAACAUGCUUUGCACUGCCAGUGUUUGUAGCCAUGAUCAACGUACUGUAAACUUCUACAAUCAAGGUCUGAAAGCUGGAACAAAGUCACACCCAGUUGUGUUUGCUCUCACUCGGCACACACCGACCCAGCGUGUUCCACUGAGCAGAGAAGAAACUCUAUUUAAUAAAGAUUCACUAAAACUCCCA